AUGAUGUGUUUACCAAACAAAGACCAACACAUCUUUACGUGGCAUAAAGAAAUAAAAGCAACUACAAAUUUGAAGAUCAGUACUAAAAUGAGUGAGUGGAAUAAGAUCAGUGGAAAUUGGAGUUUUGAAGAACGAGACUUUUCAAAAUGGGGAAAAGACCGAAUGAAAGAAAUUAUUCAAGAUCCUAAAACUCCAAAGACUUGCAACUAUGAUGGUACAUUUAAAGUAACUAAAAUUGAAGGAGAUGUAUUUAUUCUUGUUUCACAUGGUCAAUUAAAAAAUAUUGUUACUUUUGAUGAAUUAAAAGUUGUUUUCGCUUCAACUACUGAAGGUCACUCUUCUGGUACUGCUAUUGUUGAGGUUGAUAAUGGUUUUGAUUAUAGAUUUAAUUAUAAAACAAAGGCUAAUGAUAAUAAAACAUUUGAAGCUGCUUUUAAAAAGAUGAUAGAAGAUAAUGUUGUUCUAUUAAAGGAAGAAUUAAAAGAAAAGUUGGUAGCAUCAGCUCAAUGA